GCGAGAUGAAUGACGGACUGGCCGGCGUUAAGCCAACGAGUUAAGUUAAAGUAGUAAUCCGGUGCAUCUCGCGGAGGCGACUGGUGUCGUGAAACAUCCUCAAGAGCAUCCUCGAGACAUGUCACUCAUCGAUCUUCUCGUAUUUCCGGCUAUCCUCCUCGCCUGGUCAGCGUGCGCGUAUCCAGAAGGUACGCUGCUAAACGACGAAGCGCAGGCGUUGCUCAUCGAGUCGGUGCUGCAACGUGAACCGGCGACAUUCAAAUUGUACACCAGGGAGAAUCCGUUCGGCGAGGAGCAAUUGUUCUUGAACGACACUGAGGUGCUAUACGCGUCGCACUUCAACGAGAGCAGACCAACUAAGUUUAUUGUGCAUGGAUUCAGCGAUACCGGCAAAGAGGCUUGGGUGCGAGGCCUGAUAGACGCCUAUCUGUCUUAUGAGGACGUGAACGUAAUAGUCGUCAGUUGGGGUAUUCUGGCAGCCGACGUGUAUCCGGCGGCGGCUAAGAAUACGCGCGUCGUCGGCGAGUUUUUGGCCCAUUUCCUGGAAUUCUUAAAUCGGGACUCGAACUUGGAGUACAAGGAUGUUCACAUUAGUGGUCACAGUCUGGGCUCCUACGUAGCGGGUUUCGCCGGAGCGUAUCUCGAUGGCCGUAUCGGCAGAAUAACAGGUCUGGAUCCGGCAAGUCCUUUGUUCGAGACCAUCUCCGGUAUCGUCGACCCGGAAUACCGAUUGGAUCCGACCGACGCUCAGUUCGUGGACGUGAUCCAUACGAGCGGUCCCGCGUUCGGAUUCUUGGCGCCAUUGGGACACGCGGAUUUUUACCCUAAUAACGGGAAAUUCCCUCAACCCGGAUGCUCCUACAUGCCGACGAUAACUUACUGUAGCCACUCACGAGCGCAUCAGCUCAUGACUGAAAGCAUUGGCAGUACGGUGGGCUUCAAGGCAAGGAUGUGUGACAGCUGGGAAAAAUACAAGAAAGGACAUUGCAAUAACAAUCCGAUCAUUCUAAUGGGCGAAUAUGCUUCUACAUCGUUACGCGGCAAGUUCUACUUGACGACCAACGACGCACCGCCCUUCGCGUUGAAGUGAUGCGCCUUGGACAUCGAUCUUGAUGGAUUUCGACUUGAGAAAAUUUGCGAACUCACAACGAUUACUAGCGCCGAUCGCGUAAUAAUCCGUACUAGUCAUUCGUAAAUUACUUUAUUUAUGAAACUCUCGAUUCC